GCGAAGGCGGGGAGUGGGGCCUCGGCACGCUUCUUCCCGAAGAUGAUACCAGUUACUCGACAAGAAGUUCUUGGCCUUUACCGCCAGAUAUUCCGAAUAGCCAAAAAAUGGCAAUCGGCAUCAGGACAGAUAGAAGAAACUAUUAAAGAGAAAGAGUACAUUAAAAAUGAAGCCAAAACAUUAUUCCGAAAAAACAAAAAUGUAACGGAUCCGAAGUUGAUUAAGCAGUGUAUAGAAGAAUGUGAAGCAAGAAUAGAAAUUGGACUUCACUAUAACAUCCCCUACCCGAGACCUAUCCACCUGCCUCCUAUGGGUCUUGCCCAUAAACAAGGCCGUACGUUGCGACACCAGGAAAAGUUAAGGAAGAUUUCUAAGCCAAUAUACUUGAAAUCCCAUGAUGAAGUUUCAUAACCCAUCAUUUAAGCUGUGAUGUGUAAUCACAUCAUUUAAGAUGUGGAUUGUAAUCCAGGCGAUUUGCGUGCACAACUGUGAAUGAAGCUGUUUUGGUCACUUCCUCACACAUUUCUGAGGCCAAAAAGCUAAUUGAUACAUUGCAUAUGAUGGAUAAGGUUGGUCUGGUAUUUAUUGCAUUUCAACCACUGACUCAUCAAUAAAAGUAACACUUUUUAAGGA